AUGAUUAUCUUUGUUUCAGAAGAACCUGAAAGGAGGCUAGCCAUUGUAUCCAACUUGUAUGCUCUUGUUCUUAAACCGGUUGGGAAAAAGCCAUCUGAUAAACCCCUUUGUGCCAUUGAACUUCUUCAAAAAAAUGAUUUGAAAAAAUAUGGCUUCAAAAGACUUACAUCACACGAAAUUUUUGGUGUUAUCGGACUCAUUGAGGUUAAUGGCCUGCUGUUUGUUGGUGCCAUCACUGGGAAAUCAAAAGUUGCACAGCCAUGCCCAGGAGAGACUGUGAACAAAAUUUUUGCUGUCGAUUUUUUUUGUUUAAAUGACAACAGUUGGGAUUUUAUUGAAAUCGACUCCUCAGGUUAUCCUGUGUUGCCGGAGACUGCUUCAACUGAAUAUCAAGACGCCUUGCCAAAACAUCCAUGCUAUGAAUUGAAGAAACUAUUAUCCAAUGGAUCUUUUUAUUAUAGUUCAGAUUUUGAUUUGACCUCAACCUUACAGCAUCGUGGAUAUGGUCAGCAUUCUUUGAGUACAGAUACCUACGAAGAAGAAUAUAUGUGGAACUCUUUUCUCAUGCAAGAAAUGAUCACAUACAGAGAUCAUUUGGACACAAAUUUGAAACAAAUCUUGGAUGACGAGGGGUUUUUAACAACAGUUAUCCGUGGAUUUGCGGAAACUUUCGUCUCGUACGUUAAGAAGUUGAAAGUUGCUCUUACUAUCAUCUCGAAACAGAGCUGGAAAAGAGCAGGAACAAGAUUUAAUGCACGUGGUGUGGAUGAUGAGGCAAACGUUGCCAAUUUCGUAGAAACGGAAUUCAUUAUGUAUUCUAGCCAAUACUGUUAUGCUUUUACACAGAUUAGAGGCAGUAUACCUGUAUUCUGGGAGCAAGGUACCUCUUUAAUCAAUCCAAGAGUACAAAUUACAAGAUCAUUUGAAGCCACCCAACCGGUAUUUGACAAACAUAUCAUGAAAUCAGUGGAAAAGUACGGACCUGUGCAUGUCGUUAAUUUGUUAUCAACGAAAUCUUCUGAAAUUGAACUUUCAAAACGAUACAAGGAGCAUUUAACUCAUUCAAAAAAAUUGAACUUCAACAAAGAUAUAUUUUUGACAGAAUUCGAUUUUCAUAAAGAAACUUCGCAAGAAGGCUUUUCCGGUGUCAGAAAACUCAUUCCAUUAAUAUUGGACUCUCUUUUAUCUUCUGGCUAUUAUUCUUACGAUGUUAGAGAAAAAAAGAACAUAUCUGAACAACAUGGCAUAUUUAGGACCAACUGUUUAGAUUGUUUGGAUAGAACAAAUUUAGCUCAGCAAAUUAUUUCUUUGGCUGCUUUUAGAACUUUUCUCGAAGAUUUCCGAUUGAUUAGUUCAAAUUCGUUCAUCGACGAUGAUGAUUUCGUUUCUAAACAUAACACCCUGUGGGCUGAUCACGGUGAUCAAAUUUCCCAAAUAUAUACUGGUACUAAUGCUUUGAAGUCCUCAUUUUCAAGAAAAGGUAAAAUGUCACUUGCUGGGGCAUUAUCAGACGCCACAAAAUCGGUCAGCAGAAUAUAUAUUAACAAUUUCAUGGAUAAAGAAAAGCAACAAAAUAUCGAUACUUUGUUGGGAAGGUUACCGUAUCAGAAAGCAGUGCAACUUUAUGAUCCCGUAAACGAAUACGUAAGUACGAAAUUACAAAGCAUGUCUGAUAAGUUCACAUCAACCUCCAACAUUAACUUGUUAAUAGGAUCAUUCAAUGUUAAUGGCGCAACCAAAAAAGUUGAUUUAUCAAAGUGGUUAUUUCCAAUCGGUGAAAAAUUUAAACCCGAUAUUGUUGUUUUAGGUCUUCAAGAAGUUAUAGAACUAUCUGCGGGUUCGAUUUUGAACGCUGAUUACUCGAAAAGCUCUUUCUGGGAAAACUUAGUGGGUGAUUGCUUAAACCAGUAUGAUGAUAAAUAUCUGUUGUUAAGAGUAGAGCAAAUGACUUCUUUACUAAUUUUAUUUUUUGUUAAAGCAGACAAAGCUAAAUACGUCAAACAAGUGGAGGGUGCUACUAAAAAAACUGGCUUUAGGGGUAUGGCUGGGAAUAAAGGUGCAGUGUCUAUAAGAUUUGAGUACGGUGCCACUUCAUUUUGUUUUGUCAAUUCUCAUCUCGCAGCAGGAGCUACGAAUGUCGAAGAACGUCGAAGUGAUUACGAGAGCAUAGUUAGAGGUAUUACUUUCACUAGAACUAAGAUGAUUCCUCAUCACGAUUCGAUUUUCUGGUUAGGUGACAUGAAUUAUAGAAUAAAUCUACCGAACGAAGACGUCAGAAGAGAGUUGCUCAACCAAGAAGAAGGAUAUAUCGAUAAACUGUUGCAUUUUGAUCAACUUACCCUAGGUAUUAAUUCUGGCAGUGUAUUUGAAGGCUUCAAAGAACCAACUCUCAAGUUCCGUCCAACAUACAAGUAUGAUCCCGGGACAGGAACUUAUGAUUCUUCUGAAAAGGAAAGGACGCCGUCAUGGACAGAUAGAAUUAUUUAUAAAGGGGAAAACUUACUUCCUUUAUCUUAUUCAGAUGCUCCGAUAAUGAUUAGCGACCAUCGGCCAGUUUACGCAGCAUAUAGAGCAAAAAUAACUUUUGUUGAUGAUAAAGAGAGACUAUCUCUCAAGAAACGUUUAUUCACAGAAUACAAACAAGAGCAUCCCGAAGAACCGGGUUCUCUGAUAUCGGAUCUUCUCAGCCUUGAUCUGGAUAAUAAGAGCACUGAUGGAUUCAAAAGCUCUUCUGAAAGUUCUCUACUUGAUAUUGAUCCGAUAAUGGCACAACCGACAGCGUCCAGCGUUGCUUCUUCGUCACCUGUGUCUUCAGCAUCGGCUUCACUACAACCUGUCAGAACUCAAAACAGUAGCCAGUCGCGUACCCCCAUAAAGAAACCGGUAUUGCGCCCCCCACCCCCACCUGCUCAUAAAUCUGUAUCAGCACCUGCUCCUUCAACAUCGAAGGAAAAAUCACCAACACCACAGACCUCAACUGCAUCGUUGUCAUCUGUGACUAAAAAUAUACAGGAAAAUAAACCAUUGGCGCAAAAUAGACGAAUUCCACCACCAGGUUUUAGUCAAAAUAUAUUAACUCCAAAAAGUACCAGUAACUUGGCUUCGCCUAUGUCUUCUAAGGUUGAUUUAUAUAAUAGCGCGAGUGAAUCUACACGUUCAGCCCAAGAUGCAAGACAACAGACACCUACAGCAUUUGCAGCAUCAAGAGACGUCAAUGGGCAGCCCGAAGCUUUGCUAGGUGAUGAAAAUCCAAUUGAGCCAGAGGAAAAGGCCAAACUAAACCAUAUGACUUUAGACUCAUGGCAGCCAUUGACCCCAAAAUGA